AUGAAGGUGAAGGUUGGUGACGUUGUUCUACCUGGAGAUUUAUGUGAAGAAAUCGUAACUGCUGGUGACAAAACUAAAAUUAUACUCGGACCAGGGUUGAAAAAAGAAGUCGACGGGAUUUAUGUUUCCAAAGCUGGCACUUUGAGGAAACGAGCUCCUAACACAUACUGGGUGGAUAGCUAUCAGAAGCGAUAUAUUCCAUCUCGCGGAGAAAAUGUUAUAGGGAUAGUUGUGCAAAAGGCGGGAGAUAUAUUCAGAGUCGACGUUGGCGGGAGUUGUACGGCAUCGUUAUCUUAUCUAUCGUUCGAAGGCGCUACGAAAAAAAACAGACCUAAAGUGGUGAUUGGAGAUGUAGUAUACGCCAAAAUGUUAGUAGCCAGCAAAGACAUGGAACCAGAAAUAGUUUGUGUCGAUUCUCACGGGAAGAAGGGACGCUUAGGAGUGCUGGAAGAUGGUUUCGUUUUCAAAUGCUCUUUGAACUUAAUCAGAAAGAUUUUAAACCCAGAUUGUCCCUUAAUCAACUCGUUAAAGAAUCAAUGGCCAUUUGAACUUGCAGCAGGCAUGAAUGGCCGAAUUUGGAUAAAGGCUAACACAUUAAGGGAAACUAUAGCUUUAGGGAAUGCAAUCUUGGGGUCUGAGUACCUGAGUAAUGACGAGAUCAAAAGUAUGUGCACUAACAUUGCUGGGAUACUGGCUGGACAUAUUUCAUAA